AUGCCAAACCUGGGGCUAAGAUCAGAUUCCAAUGAGGCCCAACACCUUGUAGCAGCUUUGGAUUCAGCACCUAUUCAACUCCCAAGAUGGCGUCACACAUAUGAGCCAGUAGGGACACCUAGCACUCCUAUUUUGCAGGUUGUUGGUGUGAAAAGGAAGCUACAACUUAAUGAACUCGAUGAGCUCAGACACGAGGCUUAUGAGAAUGCAAGGAUAUAUAAAGAAAAGACCAAAAAGUUGCAUGAUCAAGCUAUUUCUCAUGAUCAAGCUAUUUCUAGGAAGACAUUCAUGACGGGAGAGAAAGUGUUGCUUUAUAACUCCAAACUUCGACUCUUUUGGGCAAAUUGCGUUCGAGAUGGACCCUUCCUCUUCAGUCAAGUUUCUCCUCAUGGUGUUGUAGAGAUUCAUAAUACGUCAAUUGGGACCCAAUUUAAAGUGAAUGGUCAUCGCCUCAAGCAUUAUCUAGAAUCUCACUUUGAUCCUCAAGAGGUGGUGUCAUUCUUUGACACCAUUCCAUCACCAUGUUCAUGA